AUGAGUGACGUGCGCGAUCAGCCCGAGAACACGACCGCCACGGCCGAGAUCUCCACUGAGACGAAGUAUGCCACGGCGAGUGAGGAUAUGGCGGUGGGGGAACGUGGAAAAAUCCAGAAGGAACAGGAAACAUUUCGUGUUUCCGUCCUCAAGCCCUCCUUUCCCAUUGUCUGA